AAUCCGUCUGCGUAGGGUGUGCUCCGGAGCUAGUCUCGGCACACAUUUUAUUAUUAUGAAACAAACCAAAAGCUAGAGAGCACGCGCAGACAUAUUUUUAUAAGAAAAAAAAAAUCGGUGAAGCAGGAUUUAAUUGUCCAACCUCAAGCAACGCGAAGAAGAAAAAAUAAGGAAAGAAGAAACGAAGAAGAAACGUGAGCCCGCCGCGAGCCUCAUUGUUGAAGCGUGGUGAGAACCGUGAGCCACUUCACCGUCAGCUACAAGCUCUCCCGGUCCGGGCUUUGUCAUACCGGUCAGUCGGAACGUCUGCUACGGUUACCAACGGUCGUAACGGUUACCAACGGGCCGAGGCGGAGCACCGGGUUAAAGCUGUCCGCUCUCCGAGCCGCAUCGGGUAGGCCACGCGCCGACAUUUUGCUGCUCGAGCUAACGCUAACUAGCCCACGUUGCUAACCGGUCGGACGGCUCGUAAAUGCGUCUGCGCUCAUACAUUUAUAAAAGUGGUUGAGGGGACCGGGCAAAGGGCUCCCUGCCGACACGAGGCGCGUAUCGGCGGGUUGUUGUCGACAGCGUUUCGAGCUACUAUCACCCCCGCGGCCGUACCGCUUGAGAGCACACGUCGACCAACAUGAACCCCAGCGCGCCGAGCUACCCGAUGGCGUCCCUCUAUGUGGGGGACCUGCACCCGGACGUCACCGAGGCCAUGCUCUACGAGAAGUUCAGCCCGGCCGGGCCCAUCCUCUCCAUCAGGGUCUGCAGAGACAUGAUCACCCGCCGGUCCCUCGGCUACGCCUAUGUCAACUUCCAGCAGCCCGCAGACGCCGAGCGAGCCCUGGACACCAUGAACUUCGAUGUUAUCAAAGGAAGGCCCCUCCGCAUCAUGUGGUCUCAACGGGACCCCUCUCUGAGGAAAAGUGGAGUGGGCAACAUCUUCAUCAAGAACCUGGACAAGUCCAUCGAUAACAAAGCCCUCUACGACACCUUCUCUGCAUUUGGAAACAUCCUGUCCUGCAAGGUGGUUUGUGAUGAAAAUGGCUCAAAGGGUUACGGCUUUGUGCACUUUGAGACCCAAGAGGCUGCUGAGCGGGCCAUUGAGAAAAUGAAUGGCAUGUUGCUUAAUGACAGAAAAGUGUUCGUUGGACGCUUCAAGUCUCGCAAAGAGAGGGAGGCUGAGCUCGGGGCACGCGCCAGAGAGUUUACCAAUGUUUACAUCAAGAACUUUGGGGAGGACAUGGAUGACGAGAAGCUGCGGGAGAUGUUUAAUCUAUAUGGACCGUGCCUCAGCAUCCGCGUUAUGACUGAUGAGAGCGGCAAAUCGAAGGGUUUUGGCUUUGUCAGCUUCGAGAGACAUGAGGAUGCACAAAAGGCGGUGGACGACAUGAACGGCAAAGAACUCAACGGCAGACAAGUGUAUGUCGGCCGCGCACAGAAGAAAGGGGAGCGGCAGAACGAGCUCAAACGUAAAUUUGAGCAGAUGAAACAAGAUCGCAUGACAAGAUACCAGGGUGUAAAUCUGUAUGUGAAAAAUCUGGAUGAUGGCCUCGACGACGAGCGCCUACGCAAAGAAUUCUCUCCAUUCGGAACCAUAACUAGCGCUAAGGUAAUGAUGGAGGGGGGCCGCAGUAAAGGCUUUGGCUUUGUGUGUUUCUCCUCCCCGGAGGAGGCAACAAAGGCCGUUACAGAAAUGAAUGGCCGUAUUGUUGCCACAAAGCCACUGUAUGUGGCCCUGGCCCAGCGUAAGGAGGAGCGUCAAGCCCAUCUAACAAACCAGUACAUGCAGAGGAUGGCCACAGUUCGUGCUGUGCCCAACCCUGUCCUCAACCCAUACCAGCCUGCCCCACCCUCAGGCUACUUCAUGGCGGCGAUACCUCAGGCCCAGAACCGGGCUGCAUACUACUCCGCCAACCAGCUGGCGCAGCUCCGCCCGAGCCCCCGCUGGGCGACUCAAGGAGUUCGUCCUCAACACUUCCAGAACAUGCCCAACGCCAUGCGCCCCUCGGCUCCCCGGCCCCAGGCCUUCAGCACCAUCCGUCCCACGGCCGUCCCCAACGCGCAGGUUCCGCGCAUGAUGGCGUCCCAGCGCAUGCCCACCCAGGCCCUCGGCCAGCGCCCCACCGGAGCGUCGGCCGCCGCCGCUCCAGUGCGCGCCAUGCCCCAGUACAAGUAUGCCGCCGGAGUGCGCAACCCCCAGCAGCACAUGGGGUCGCAGCCACAGGUCCCGAUGCAGCAGCCCGCUGUCCAUGCCCAAGGACAAGAGCCCCUGACCUCCUCCAUGCUGGCUGCUGCCCCUCCUCAGGAACAGAAGCAGAUGCUGGGUGAGCGUCUGUUCCCCCUGAUCCAGAACAUGCACCCCAGCCUGGCCGGCAAGAUCACCGGUAUGCUGCUGGAGAUCGACAACUCUGAACUGCUCCACAUGCUCGAGUCGCCGGAGUCUCUGCGCUCAAAGGUGGACGAGGCCGUCGCUGUGCUCCAGGCCCACCAGGCCAAGGAGGCGGCUCAGAAGUCUCCCACCCCUGCUGGCGUUCCCAGCGUCUAAGAUUGAAACCUGCUUCACUGACGGAAAAAGAGAAAAAAAUAUUAAACAUUGUAAAACCUAAAACUCUGAAAACAUCGAAAAAUGAUAAAUUAUUUCUUAAAAAAAGAAUAAAACAAUUAAUCUGCCAGGUCUAGAGAUGAUAAAGCUAGACCUUGAUUGUCAACAAAUUUGUUGGGAGAAAAAUAGAAAAAAAAGAAAAGAAUCGAUUAGAAAUUUGAAUGCAUUCCUCUGUUUUAUGUCAUUUUACUGUCAGUGCUCGGAAUAUCAGCCGUGUUCAGGAAGGUGAUAGCUGAGCAUUAUGAAAGGUGAUUUGUAUUGUAAACUGCUGGCUGUAAUAAAAUUCUCAUUAAAAAUUCAA